AUGGCCUUAUAUUUAGAUCGUAUGAGAGAGCUGGUAAAUGAAUUCGACCAAUUCUCUAUUGGGCAGCGACCACGGUUGGAAAACAGACACGCAGACGCUUUAGCAUAUCUGUUUUUUGCAGUCGAUACUGACACCACUCGUUUCGUUGUAGUGGAUUUCCAAGAGUUACCUAGCAUCUCCGACAGCCACUUUGUUAUGGCUCUCGAACACGCUAGUGAGGGAGAGAUGGUAACUACUUCAGCACAGGAAGAUAUAGGAAACCUUGACCGCAAUAUGGAUGUUGACAAUCCAGUGAUAGACGAUUCAGGCAGUUCUGCUGAUAACGCUUCAGACUGGCGUCAACCUUAUAUUCGGUAUUUGACAACCAGUGAACUCCCAGAAGAUGAGCAUCUCGCUUCAAAAGUGAAAAAGAAUGCAUGCAUAUAUUUAAUAAUCGAGGGACAGUUAUAUCGCAAACCUGUAGCUUUGGAGCCAUUUUUACGAUGCAUAUCAGGCGAGGAAGGACGACAGAUAUUGGCGGAGGCUCAUGAAGGAAUAUGUGGAAACCAUUCUGGAGGGCGCAGUCUCGCGCGUAGGAUACUUACCCAGGGGUACUUAUGGACAUACAUGCUGAAAGACGCUAAAGAGUACGCACAGAAGUAUAUGCCAUGCCAAGAGCACGCUCCAAUUCCUAAAAGGCCCGCCAACGAGCUGUACGACGUAAAAAAGUUCAUAUGGGAGAACAUCGUCUGCAGAUUCGGAAUCCCACACGAGUUAGUGUCAGACAAUGGAAAGCAGUUCGACUCUGGAGUGAUCAAAAACUUCUGCAAGAACCUGAGCAUUCGCCACAACUUCUCUGCUCCGUAUUAUGCUCAGAGCAAUGGGCAGGCAGAAUCGACGAAUCGUGUUAUUAUGGACAACCUCAAGAAAAUGUUGGAGAAGGAAAAGGGAAAAUGGACAGAAGAGUUUCCAGGAGUCUUAUGGUCUUACCGAACGACCCCAAAAAGAUACAUUGGAUUCUCCCCGUUCAUACUGACUUAUGGAACAGAGGCAGUCAUACCCACUGAAGUACACCUGAAGACCACUAAGACCCAUGUUGUCGAUUAUGGAAACAAUGAAAGCAUACUGGCUUUGGAUAAAAAGCUGCUGGAAGAACAAAGAGAAACAGCCUUGCAGCAGUUGGUUCGAUAUCAACAGGCAAUCAAGCUGAGUUACGACCGAAAGGUCAAAGAACGAGCAUUUAUGCUAGGGGAGUAUGUUUUGAAGAAAACUCGAGCAGCCACAAUGGAACCAAACUGUUGA